AUGGGCCACGGUCUUGGGUGCGACAGCGCGGUGCUGCGGGGCGGCCAGGCAGCGAAGGAUGCGAGGUCUGCACCAGCUGCUGACUGCACUGAGCACGGGGCGAGUGGCUGGCGAUCUCAUCGUGCCCGGGAGCAGAGCCGGAUGCUGGGAUCAUCGAUUUUCCUACGAGAGGACGUUUGCUGCUCGGCCUUCGUGGAAGUGGCGCUGCAAAGCGAGGACACCGAAGAUGUGGCGACCCGCUUCCCGCGCUACAGCACCGUGGACUUGGCGCCCGACACGCCGGAAAGACUGCGGCGUUGCAUGGAAAGUCCAUAUGAGACACCCUGGGCGGAGGAGCAACCCGCGGACUAUCUUUGUACGAACAACUUUAUCCAAGCAACAGCCUGUGUGGCUGGACUGCCUGAUGUGCAGGUGAUUUUCGAUAUCUUCUUGGGAGGUGGGUGCACCAGCAUGGCGGCGGCCCAUGGCUCGGCGGGGAAGGUGCUUCCGGCGGAGGUGUUCUCCUUCGACCUCCCAGAGAAGCUGGCCAAGUCCUUGGCACCAACGGGACGCCUCGCACAAGGUGAUGGGACUUGGUGGGACAUCACGGUGGUGAACGAGACGCCGCCUCAGCCCAAGCUCCAGGAGGUCUUACUGAGGCCGGGUGCUGGUCGCAUGCCGCGCCUGGUGCUGGUGGCGGACUAUUUGGAAGUGGUGGCAACAGCCUCCUGGAACACCUUGGAUGUGCUGUGUCAACACCGUCAAUCGUUGGAUUUCGUGGUAGUGGACUCCAGCGCGAAUGUGCUCUUCGAAAAGGAAUGGCUGAUCAUUGAAACGCUCUGCCGGCCGAAGCGCGUGCUGCUGACGAAUUUGAAUCUCCCGAGUGCCUCUUCGUGGAUUUGGCAUCGCCUAACACGCCUGAAUUGGCAGGAGAUCAUGUGGGGUCACUACUUGCUGGAUGGAGACGUUUGGCCGCCUCACUCCGAGAUGCGGCGCCUGCGGAGCUGGAGCUUGUUGUCCCCACCGCGCUGA